GCUGUCAAAUUACCACCACAAAGUUAUUGCACAACAUUUUGUACAACAAUUCUGCACAGUAUUAUUUAUGAACAAUUUUGUCUACUCUCUAGCCAACAGUCACGGGACGACAACAAAUUGAAGGGGCGAAGGGUUGAGGUUAUGUUCGUUUAUUGUGGUUGUCAAUAACGGGGACUAUUAUUGUUCCUGCCAAUUGGAAACAAGUGAAUUGCCACAAAUGCUUGGUAACUGAAACGGGUAAAUGAAAAAUGAAUUAACUGAGUAUCUAACAGAAAAAUCAGAUGUCGAUUGAAAGAACAAAACAUCUAAGGAUAUAUUUCAGUAAAGAAACCACCAGAAUAAAGACUAAAAGAUUGCACAAAAAUAUAUUAAUUAUCCUCCAGAAUUUUAACGAAGGGUACUUUAAAUUUAUGAAUUCAUGAACAAGAUCAGAUGGUAAAAAAUACAUUCAUCGUCCUUCUAAUAACGAACAAAGGGUACCCAACAAAAUAUUAACAAUUUUGUUUAAACAAUUGGGAUCAUUAUGCGCCGGAUACGAGGUGACCUAAGCAACGGAUAGUUCCGAUGUCACUACGCCUAUAUCGCAUAAAACUAAGUAAGAUUUACAGCAAUUUCGAACAGUUCCGUACGUCCAUCAUGGAAUCUAGCAGUAACCAUCACUCAAUCAGUGACGACUACACCGAGGUGUACCGCAGACUUGCUUGGACCCUCCAAAUCGCCUACGGCGUCGGUCACGUACUUAACGACGUGUGUGCCUCCAUGUGGUUCACUUACUUCUUAGUAUUCUUUCAGUACGUGUUACAGUUCUCCAAAUGGCAAACCGGGUGUUUGAUGUUCAUAGGACAAGUGGCCGACGCCUUGGCCACGCCGUUCGUAGGCUUUCAUUCUGACCAGGCCGACAAUUUCUGGCUGUGCCGUUACGGUCGAAGAAAAAUAUGGCAUUUGCUCGGAACGAUCUGCGUCCUCGGCGCAUUCCCUUUUAUAUACUCACCUUGUCCAGGUUGCUCGAGCACGUCCUUGUGGUCGUCCAUGUUUUAUUACUCGGUCUUCAUCAUUAUUUUCCAAUUUGGCUGGGCCUCCGUCCAGAUCUCCCAUCUCUCCUUGAUCCCCGAACUGACGCCAAACGAACACGACCGCACAAAACUGACGGCCGUUCGUUACUGUUUCACUGUGAUAUCAAAUGUACUCGUGUACGUUGUUACUUGGAUCGUUCUUCAUUUACACGAAGGCGAAAACUCGAAGAUCAGCCCGAAAGACGGGCCUAAGUUUCAGGAAAUCAUUUGGUCCGUACUGUGCGUGGGUAUUUUGUGUUCAGCUAUCUUUCACAUAUUCGUACGUGAAGGAGAUAGUAACAGCAGCAACAACGUGCGGGGCGGACAGCUACGCACGAGUGUCGCCGAAUUGCUCUCUAGGUUUGAAGUUUAUCAGGUCGCUUUUGUUUACAUGUCCUCUAGAUUGUUCGUCAACUUGACGCAGAUGUUUAUUCCGCUUUACCUUCACGAAACUCUGGACAUGACCGCCAGCUCCCUGGCGGUUGUGCCCCUGACUAUAUUUGUCGGUAGCUUUGCAACCUCGCUGGGUAUUGAAAAAAUCAACAGGCAUUGUGGAAGAAAAAUCACCUAUGUGAUUGGUACUAUAUUGGGAUUGGCAGCUUGCAUUUGGAUUAACUUUGGUGAAAACGCUCUUUACAAAAAAUGUUUUAUCUACAUAGUUGCCCUGCUGGUGGGAGCUGGAGGGUCUAUAAUUUUGGUCACCAGUUUGGGAGUAACGACGGAUUUAAUCGGUGACCGAACAGAUAGUGGUGCCUUUGUUUUUGGUAUUAUGAGCUUCACCGACAAGCUUGCCAACGGAAUCGCCGUAUUCCUCAUCGAGUAUUUACACAACUCGCCAACUUAUUAUAGGGAAAUUUUGACUUAUGUUUGCGGAGGUUCCAUUUUGGUUGGCGCCGUGGCUGUGAUUAGUUUAUGUCGGGGAUGGAACCAAAGGCUGUCGGGGUAUGAAAGAAUACCAGACAGUAGUACAAUAAAUUAGGUCUAAUUUAAUUUAUCUAGGGGCAUUACUCAUUCAAUUGUCUCAUGACAUUUUUAUUGUUGACAAAUAAUUUUCUUUGUGCAAUUUCUAUUGAUUUUUGUUAUCGAAAUGAUAGUUUAUUUUUGUUUUUGUUGUUUCCCUGAUUUAUUGUGAUGCAAAUAUUUUUAAUCAAACUUGCAUUCAUUCCUAGCAAUUACUUAUAUUUUAUACAAAGUAAUAUAUUUAUUUUUGUAAUAUACAUAUAAUAUACAAUUUUGAAAGUAA